CUUCUACAACCGCCAGGUCUGACCGACAGCAUCUGCAUCCGUUGAAGAGAUUCAGACCCGCGGAGUGAAAUAGAAAAUAGACCUCUCGUGUACGACUCUAUACGCAUCACUUCUUCCAUGGCGCACACGUGCUUCGCUCUAUCGCUGUCGGUUUCGUGCGAUCAUCAGCCGCAUACUUAUUCAGUGAAAUAAUGAUGUAGCUGUUUUCAAGUUGAAAGAAAGGAGGCUCUCAGAUUCAUUUCCUCGUCUUCAAAUUUUUUUUUUCUUCUCUUUAUGGGCUGAUAGUCCCUUUUUACCAGUCUUGCUUUAACAUUGGAACAGUGAACUUUGCGUCAGGAAGGGUGAAUGAUGCGUCCUGCGCUCAACUCAAGUUUGCAGUCCUUCUUGCUAGGCAGCAUUAGAAGGAUAUCGCAUUGCCGAACUUCUCAGGCUGAUCCUAGUUGUCACACUCUGCAAGAUGAAGGGCUCUUCUAUACAAUCCCAGAAGACGAGAUGAAGGACUUCUUUCAAGGGGAACCACUAUGGGGGAGAGAACAUGACAAGCAGAGAAAGACAUUCCAAGAAAUGUCUCUCAUGGUGCGUCGCCCAGCCCUUGAAGCCAUCAACUGCCUGAAGCAAGCAAGACCAGGCUUUCCUUCCCUUCAUCUUGUCCUUUAUGGGAGAGAUGGUGCAGGGAAGACCAUGAGCCUUGUAAAUACUAUUCACUUUGCCCUGAAGAAUAAGUGGUUCGCCAUCAAUGCUGGGUUAUGUAGUUACUGGUUCAAGUUCAAGUGGGAGACAGCUCCUUCAGAAACAAUGGAAGGGCUCUACAACCUGCCAAUGAUGGGUGUCCAGCUUCUUGCUCAAAUCAAGCUUCAAAAUGCUCAGCUACUGUGCAAGACACUGAUCACUGUUGAUGGAGUAAAUAAUCUCUGGUAUGGAAGGACCCAAAUGAAAAAACUAGAUAAAUCUCACAUUCAUAGUCCUGAAUUUUCACUCUCCCAGCUUCUCCUACGAUCCUUCACCAAUGAUUGGUCUAAUGGUGCUGUAGUUGUUACAGUGGAUAGACUUGCUGGACAACCUGACAGAAGGGAAAGUUACAUGCCUAGAUAUUUACUAGGCAAAGAGGGAUUUGAAAAACUGGAUCCAUUCAUCCCGAUCCAUGUGGGAAAUUACACUGAGAGAGAAUUCUAUAGUUGUGUCAAUUACUACACAGAUCGACUGUGGCUUCAGAAUCCAGCUGCACAGACUCCUGAAGGGCAAAAGGAAUUGGAAUUCCUCAGUGGAAGGAAUCCUAGAGAUCUCAAGACCCUGUGCGACCCAUUGUGAUAUUCAAGGCCUUCAUGUAGAUGAGUGACUGGUAAUAGAGAACAAAAAUGUCACAAAAGACUGUAUUCAAUUCUAUCUUCACUCUACCUGGAGAAUAUUUUCUUGAGCCUAUAAAGCUCAUCACAGG